UACAACUACCACACUACACUACUUAUCUCAGACUUCAUAUCUUCUCCUACUUCAUAUCUUCUCCUCUUUCUUCUUUUUCUUCGUUCCUUUUCUACCUUUCUGAUCUGAUUCACAACUUUCUUCAACACUAAUCUCUCUCACCUGCUUCAUUUUUGGAAAUCUUAGCCCAUAGUUCCCUUGUUUCUGUGAGCAAACCAUGUCAGUUGUUAGAGAGGCUGCUCUAUCCUAUUUCCUUCAGAAGCUGUUUGACAAGUUAACCUCUCUUGACUUGCUGAAGAUCUUCAACCAAGAGCAAUUUGAUGCCGACCUUAAGAAGUGGAAGACAACAUUGAUGAAAAUCCGUGCGGCUCUGGAUGAUGUAGAGGAGAAGCAGGUGACAUGCUGGGUGGUGAAGAUUUGGCUGGAUGAGCUCGAAGACUUGGCUUAUGACGUGGAAGACAUCUUGGACGAGUUUGCUACUGAAGCAUUGAGACAUGAGUUGACUGCGCGUGCAGAAGCCAGCACAAGUAAGAUGCUAAAGCUCAUCCCUGGUUGUGUUGGCUUGAAUUGAAAUUAUGUUACUUUCAGUGCUAGGAUGCUGUCCAAGAUUAAAGAGAUUGACACAAGAUUGCAAGAAAUUGUGACACAGAAGAAUGAUUUGGAAUUAAAAGUCAAAGCUCAAGGAAUGACUAAAACAACAAGAUCAAGACUGCCCUCAACUUCUCUGGUCAAUGAAGGUCAGGUUUUUGGCAGGGAUGAAGAUAAAAAGACUAUCAUCAACUUGUUGCUGAGUGGUGAAUCAGGUGAUGCUCAACUGUCUGUUAUUGCCAUACUUGGUAUGGCGGGUUUGGGUAAGACAACUCUUGCUCAACUAAUCUACAAUGAAGAUAAUGUAGAUAGUUACUUUGAUUUGAAAGCAUGGAUUCAUGUUUCUGAAGAUUUUGACAUUGUAAGGGUGACAAAAGUAAUUCUACAAUCUAUCACUUAUGAGAGCUAUGAUAUUAAUGAUUUAAAUUUACUACAAGUCAAAUUGAAAGAUAAGUUAUUUGGCAAGAAGUUUUUGCUCAUUUUGGAUGAUGUUUGGAACGAAAGCUAUGACUAUUGGACUCAACUACGUUGUCCUUUUGAAUUUGGAGCUCCAGGAAGUAAGAUUGUUGUCACAACUCGGAAUGAUCGGGUUUCAUCAACCUUGGGCACCGCUAAAGCUUAUAAGUUGAAAGGGUUGUCAAAUGAUGCUUGUUUGACAAUAUUUAUCCAACACGCAUUGGGCACAACAGAUUUCAGUGUAUGUCCAGAACUUGAAGAAAUUGGUCAAAAAAAUUUCAGAGAGGUGUAAGGGCUUGCCUUUAGUAGCAAAAGCUCUUGGAGGCCUUUUAAGCACCAUACACAAUCGUGAUGAGUGGAAACAUGUGUUGAAUAACAAGAUAUGGAAUAUGUUAGAAGGGAAUGAUGAUGUUCUUCCAACUCUUAGAUUGAGCUAUAUAUAUCUUCCUUCGGAUUUGAAGAGGUGUUUUGCCUAUUGUUCACUAUUCCCGAAGGAUUAUGAAUUUGAGGAGAAAGAGCUAGUCUUGUUAUGGAUGGCAGAAGGUUUAAUUCAAGAAACAAAAGAAAACAAGUCAAUCGAAGAUCUCGGUGUUGAGUAUUUCCGUGAUUUGAUUGGGAGAUCAUUUUUCCAACAAUGAAGCAGUAAUGAAUCACUCUUUGUUAUGCAUGAUCUCACCAAUGAUCUAGCUCAAUGGGCAGCAGGAGACUCGUGCUAUAGGUUGGAGGAUAAAUUGGGUGGCAAUAAACAAUUCAAGAUUUCUUAUUCGCAGUGUUUGUGAUGGUAUCACAAAAUUUGAAGACUUCUCCAAAGAUGUGUGUUUACGAACUUUCCUGCCGCUACCAAUAAAGAACAAAGGUUACUUAACAAAUUAUGUUUCUAAUUUUUUGUUGCCCCAAUUAAGAUACUUAAGGGUAUUAUCUUUAAGUGGAUAUGAAAUAGAUGAGCUACCAAAUUCAAUUAGUGAUUUGAAACAUCUAAGAUACAUCAACCUUUCUUGUACUAAGAUUACAAGUUUACCAGAAUCAAUAACUUCUUUGUACAAUUUGCAAACAUUGAUAUUGAAAGGUUGUUCACAUCUAACAAAAUUACCUGAGAAAAUUGGGAAUUUAGUCAAUCUUCGGCAUCUUGAUAUUACUGAUGUGCUUUUAAUCAAAGAGAUGCCUAUGGGACUAAAAGAAUUAAAGAGCCUACAAACUUUAUCUGAUUUUGUUGUGGGGAAAGAUAUCGGAUCUAAAAUAGGGGAUUUGAUGAACUUGGAGUUUCUUCAAGGAAGACUUUGUAUUUCAAGCUUGGAGAAUGUGCCUAAUGCUGAGGAUGCAAGAAAUGCCUAUUUGAAUUGUAAGAAGAAUUUAGAUGUAUUGGUGAUGAAAUGGCAGUUUGAUGAUUUACAAGUUACAAGAGCUGUAGUUGAUGUUCUUGACAUGUUACGACCUCCAAGCAUGGUGAAAGAACUUUUUAUUGAGGGCUAUGUUGGUGAAAAAUUCCCAACUUGGUUAGGAGAUCCUUCAUUUUCAAAUAUGGUGCUCCUAAGGAUUGAGAAUUGUAAAAAUUGUACAUCCUUGCCUGCAAUCGGGCAACUACCCUCUGUCAAAGACAUUGUCAUUAAAGGAAUGGCUAAGGUAAGGAGCAUUGGCCCUGAGUUUUAUGGGGGAAAGUUGCUUGAAACCUUUUCAGUCCUUAGAGAAACUUUGCUUCAAAAAUAUGCAGGAAUGGCAAGACUGGAUUCCUCAUGGAGGUGAGUACGAAUUCCCUUGAUUGUAUGAGCUUACUAUCUAUAGAUGCCCCAAAUUGCAAAGAAAUUUGCCCCACCAUCUCCCAUCGUUGGAAAAAAUUUUUGUUCAUCAAUGUAAGCAAUUGUUUGUUUCAAUACCAAGCCUUCCAAUGCUUCAUGAAUUAGAAAUUGUGGGAUGCAAAAAGGUGCGGAGCGAAAAUACAAUCGAGUUAAGUUCCCUAAAAUCAGUGUUUUUUUCUAUGCCAAUGCCAAAUAUUUUGAAGGAGAAGUUCAUGCAAAGGUUAACAAAGAUCGAAUAUCUGAAGAUAUACAAUUGUAAGGAGCUAACAACAUCACUGUGGCAAGAUAGGCUGGAGUCCCUUGUAAGGCUAUAUAUCAAAUCAUGCCCAAGACUUGUCAACAUUAGCUUGCCUUCUAUGUUAAGGACCAUAACAAUUGAAAGUUGCCAUGCUCUGAACUCCUUGCCAAUAUCCAAUUGUACGUGUCUAGAACACGCAACUAUUGAGGGAUGUGCUUCUUUAACCUCCAUUUCAAGAGGUAAGCUACCUCCUUCUUUAAAAAGGCUAGAUGUACAUAAUUGUGAGAAUUUGUUGUUUGUGGUGGAUGUGGGAGAGGCUUCUCCUUCUUCUUCUCUAAAAAUGAUAGAGGAGAAUCUUCAUGGCAACAGUAACAACAAUGCAUCUUUUCUUCAACACUUAGAGAUUAAGGAUUGUAAAUCUCUAAAAUGCUUAUCAUCAAGUGGCAACCUAUCUGUCAUGCUUAAACACCUUAAGAUUUAUGGAUGCUUAAAGCUGACAUCCUUAUCAUCAAGAGACCAGUUACCUGCAGCCCUAAAACACAUUUCAAUGCGGCUUUGUCCAAUGUUGGAGUCAAUAGCAAAUACACUACACAACAAUGCAUCUCUUGAACAACUUAAAAUAUGGCAUUGUGAAAAGCUUAAGACCUUACCCGAGGGCCUACACAAACUAUGCCACCUCAAUGAGAUCAACAUAGGUGGGUGUUCUAGUCUUGUUUCCUUUCCAGAUGGAGGGUUGCUCCCUACCAACCUGAGAAAGCUUGUGAUUCAAGAUUGUAAGAAUCUUAAGAGCUUGCCCAAAUGCAUGUACAUCCUUACCUCUCUUCAAAAAUUAAGUAUAUGGCAAUGUCCAAGUAUUACAUUGUUUCAUGAAGAGGGUUUCCCCACCAAUCUAACAUCAUUUAAUUUGUCAGGUGUCAAUAUCGGUAAGCAAGUAGCUAAGUGGGGAUUGCACAAACUCACUUCUCUUAAAUAUCUCAAGAUUUAUGGAUUUUCAGAGUGGCAGUCGUUUCCUGAAGAAGGGAAGAAUAUGAUGAUGUUGCCUAGCUCUCUCACUCGCUUGGAGAUUAUGAGUUUUCCAAAUUUAGUAUUCCUAUCCUCGAAGGGCUUUCAAAACCUCUCUGCUCUUAAAAAACUGCUGAUCUAUGAUUGCUCUAAACUCUCAUCCCUUCCUGAGAAAGGUCUGCCUCUCUCACUUCUGAAACUUUAUAUUUAUAGGUGUCAUCUGCUGGAACAACAUUGUAAGAAAGGCGAUGGGCGAGAGUGGCUCAAGAUAGCUAAUAUCCCUUGCAUUCUGAUUGAUGGCCAUGCACAACAAAGAGGAAAAACUACAUAAGUAUACAUUUACUUCUUCCAGCUACAGACUGUGAGCGAUUUACACUUCUUCAGUAACAAAUCUACCUUCAAAGGCAGUGAGAUCACUGUGAUGGUUCUUAAUUACAGUGAGAACAUAAAGCAGCUUUUGCAGGGAAGGGAGGGUUAUUGAAGAAGGACCAAAUUAUCAAGCUGAGGGAAGCACAUCAAACGGGGCACUGGCAGGUUAGAGGCCAGCAAUUAAGGAUGGCAAUUCCUGGUUCUGCAUGGUGUGAUGGGUUAUAAGAGAUGCAAGGUGUGAUGGGGUCUUAAGAGAUUCAGCUGGAAAGUUCAUAUGUUGGGCAAUAUGGAGCCUAGUUUGUAAUUGUCCGAAUUAUGACCCGACUCGAUAUAAAAGUAUUAUGAUUUUUAAUGGGAGAUUUUUUAAGACUUAGCCCGUUGUAAGUCCACUGUGUGAGAUAUAUUGCUUCAGAUUAGGCUUUGGGAUGUUAUUUUAGAGAGAAAAACUGUACUGUCAUACUUUGUAUAAUCUCCUUGAAAAUAGUGAAAUCAUUACAACUCUGUGGA